UGUUUCCGUCGCCCGUACACGUUUUACGCCAUCUUGAAGUUACACUCGCAGUUUGAUCAAGUCGCCCCCAAAUUGAAAAAAAAGCACAAUAACUCUUUUGAGUAUCUCUGCGGCGGGAGUCCGGUAUGAGCGGCUCUCGAACCAAAGCGACACCAACACUUAUCGCGGGACAGACGGACAGGGACAGCGGCGCGGAGACGAACCACCGGGAGAGAAGGAGCGGUGGAGGAAUGCUGAAAAAGCUCAAGUCGAGGCGCAGUCAAACGGAUAAGUGGCCUGUGGUCACGGAGGAUGAGCUGCGGGCUCUGGGCACAGAUAUCUCCCCGGACCAUGUCUUGGGUCUUCGGGCCGUCACAGAGGACUAUCUUUGCAAACCCGAAGACAACAUCUACAACAUAGACUUCACACGUUUCAAAAUCAGAGACCUGGAGACGGGGACAGUUCUGUUUGAGAUCGCCAAGCCUCCCAAUAGUGGUCCGAUGGAGAGCGAAGAGGAGAUUGGCGAUGUAGACACCAGUGCGGGGCGUUUUGUCCGAUAUCAGUUUACACCAGCCUUCCUAAAACUGCGCACUGUCGGUGCUACUGUGGAGUUCACAGUGGGUGACCGGCCAAUAAACAGCUUCCGUAUGAUUGAGAGGCAUUACUUCCAGGGUCGCCUCCUCAAGAACUUUGACUUUGACUUCGGCUUUUGCAUUCCCAACAGCCGCAACACAUGCGAACACAUUUAUGAGUUUCCACAGCUUCCAGAUGACCUCAUUCGCCAAAUGGUGGAGCACCCUUAUGAGACCAGGUCAGACAGUUUCUACUUUGUGGACAACAAACUCAUCAUGCACAACAAGGCUGACUAUGCCUAUAACGGAGAAGUAUUCUCUCCUUUGUGGACAUUCCUAUGAACAUGACAUCCUACUUCAUAAUCGACCCACCACAUUUGCCUUGUUACAAAAUCCUGGAUUCAUCCAUCAGUACCUCACAGAGCUCACUUUCUUGGACUCUGAGGAAUGUUCCCUUCAAUGUUUCGCCGUUAAAUCUGACUGAAGUCCUUUUAGGUCUCUCGUACAUGUAUCACGUUACCGCUUGAACACUUCUUGCCUUAGGUUUCUUGCUGUCUCUGCUGGAUAGGGACACGUUUGAGUGACAGGUCUCUCCUGGCAUAGCCUGUGUUAGUUACUUCAUUCACUUAAUUAUGUAGAUGUUUUCAGUAGAGGUUUAUUUACACUUUUCCCAUAUGGAAGAGUGAGAAUUACUGAGAUGUUUUUUACAGUAUUGUUAGUCAUAGUUGAUCAUGUAGCACUAUUUGAACUUCCUUAACUGUCUACUAUCAGUUGUGAGUCAUCGGUUUUGUUUGUGUCAGGUGUAUAAUAAGCUCAGUGCUCAUUUUAUAUGACGUAUUGUUUGGCUGAUCAGUCUCCUCUCGAGUAGUCAAGUCAUCCUUACUCUACUUAUCCUUGUUGUUGUUUUUUUUAUGACAAACCUUUACCUCAAGUUCUGUCAAAUACUCAAAUAGGAAGAAAUUGCAGUGGAAUCAAAGUUACCGGACUUGACUUUCUGCCUGUUCUACCCGAUCACAAGGUUAUUUAACCCCUCGAGCUCUGUUUUCCUGCUUUAUUCGGGCACAGCGGCGGCGUGAAUCCCACUCCAGAGACGCUCGCGUUAAACACAGGUGUGAUGUGAACCUAUUAAUGUGGUCACUUCUUCUGCUCCGCUCUGCUCUCAGGUUCUGCCAGCGAAAUGCACACUGAGGGAUUUAGCCUGGUGGUUGAUUUACUUUUAAUGAGGUGCGAGGGUAGAUGCCGAAGCUGACCUGCUUUAUUUUUCUCUUCAUUGAAGCUCUGUUAUAGCAGUGGAUUGUUAUUAAAUAGGAUAAAUUGACCUCAAAUCAUGUAAUAUGUAACAUUUAAAAAAACGGUCCCCGCUCGCAAUAUCACUUUCCAGAAAUGAUUCCAAAACCUUGUGAUGGCUCAGAAUUUCUUCAUGCAAAGCUACCAAAACAACCUGCUAAACAUUGUUGGACCACACUUUCAUGUGCCUUUUAUAUCCAGGGGUUCGUUGUUGGUUUGUAGCGCAUGCUCCAGCUACACGGCACAUUUCCAAAAGAUGGAUUGAUAAGAAUUCAGCUUCUCUGCACAAAACAGUAGACACGACCGACAGCAAAAGGUUGCAUUGGCUGCCUUCACGAACAGUGCAUUGACAUCGUAAUUAUCAGCUUUAUCGUAAUUAAAAUGGCUAACCGCAAAUCAUAUUCUCAAUGGAAACCCACUGCUCUUUUUAAGUAGAUUUUCAGGGAUUUGGGGGAUUUUUCUUCCUUCCAGAAUUGGUAUCACACACAGUUUAACUGCACAGUAAAGAAAACCGGUCAUCUGAUAACGUGCUGUAUGUAGGACGAUAAACAAAGGCUGAAUUCAUGUAUAUUUACACUAAGCUGGCUUUACUGGUACCUCAUUAAAAUGUAGCAAAUGUCUUAAUUUUGUUAAUUUUUUUUUUGUUUAACUCACAGAAUUUUGGAACAAUGUUGCAGAAACUGAAAAUGACCCAUUAUACAAAUUUUCCUUCAAUGUGACAUUAUUUUCUACAGAAGCGUUUUGCAUUCACCUAAAAUAAAUUCAUUAAAUAAUUAAGUUUUAAAAGGCUUUGUUUUUAUGAGAUUUUUUUUCGCGGUCUGUUAUUACGAGUUUUACUCUGCUUUGUUUGUUGGAGACGUUGGGAGAUUCACCUGUCUUUAUAAUAUUAUUGAUGGAAUUGUUAUUAGUUUGUAGACUUUGUGCAGGCACCUCAGGUAUUUGGGGUUGUUGAGACAGAAUCUGCUGGAGAUUGCAGUGUUUGCAAUGGGCAGGCAGGCCGACUGGGCAGGAGGGCAAGUGGGCUACAUGAUUCUCCUGGAGCUGCUCGUCUACUGAAAGCGGACUUGCAACCAGCUUCUGUUGGAUGCUUUGAGGAACCCAAAAUAAAAAUCUCGUAAAAACAGACCCGAAAAAAAAUCUCUGAAAAACAGAUCCCAGAAAAAAAAUCGGAAAAAAAUCGGAAAAAAAUAGACUUGAAAAAAAAUCUCAUAGAAAAACAAACCCAAAAAAAUCCCGUAAAAACAGAGCCUUUUAAAAAAAUAGGUGAAUGCAAUACGCUUCCGUAAUUUAAUUCCUGUAUUAAAAAAAAAAAAAAAAAAUCUGACCUCUGCUCUUUGAUGGUGAAAUAAAAAUGUUUUUCUUUUUAAUGGAAUGAUGACAUUUUUGCACAAGCUCUUGUUUUCAUGAUCUUUGACUUCCUCUGUAAUGACAAUAAGGAUAAUAAUAAUAAACCUACACUUGGGCUAAU